CAGCUAGGAUGUUGCGAUAUCGCAGGCAGCCAAAGAUUGCUGUGGUUGCAGAGAUUAGGCUGCUGGGUAGAAACCUCCGUGUAAUGUUUUGGUAGAUGUCAAAUUCUGCGGUUUCUGAUUUGCAGCUACAGUUGCGACAGACGGAGUCUUCAGUUUCCCGUCGACUCUGCGCUUGUUUGUAUUGAAGAAUAGCUGCAUCGCGCGCUAAUGCGUUAGCAAACUAAAAAUCACAGUUUUAUUGUAAAUGUAGGCGAAUAAAUGGCUAGAAAGGCAGCUAUGUGGCAACAAACGGCCGCUCCACUUGAAUGAGGAUGGAAAGAUUUUCUCGGGCAACGCUAUCGCACAAGUUACACGUCGGAUACAUCGCACUCGGAGACAUUAUCUUCAGAGGAUAACCUGGAUAACCUUACACGAAAUGUCAUAGCGCGUAAGUAGCUAGCACUUAGCUAGCUUAGUAAUGGCUGGACGAGAUGGAGAAGGACCUAAUGUUAUCAGCAGCAGCCGACCAUGAACAGCUGGAUGGAUAGCUAAAGAAAUACUUUCUCCGGAGAUGCUUUAGCCUCCUGGGUGGUGUAAUUCACUUACAUAACAGCUAGUCGCAGCCGCUCUAGCUAUCAUCAACUGGCUUGUGUUGGCAAGCAAAUGGGAAAUUUGCCACCAAAAAUCUGGGUUGUCUCAACAUCAUCAUAAGUGACAAAGGCAUCACUGCAUGUUUUGAGGCUGCAAAUAGACUCGCUUGAAGCGUCAGAUUCGUCAGGUUUACAAUCUGACCUGCAUUGGUGCAAUAAUUCACUGCACAGGAAACAAUCAGCUCUCCUCUGUUUCUGUGACUGAAGCCGCAAAUACUCCCCCUGCCAUUUCGACAACAUGAGGAAGUUCUUUGAUUCUCGUCGGGAGUUGGUCAGCUCCGGGCCUGGUUCUGGAGGAGGCGGUGGCAGCUCCGGGUCCAGUCAUGCAGGCGGAAAUUUCAUUGGACGAGCCUUCACUGUCGGGCGACACCAAGUCACUGUCGAGGAGAUUAUAGCUGAAGGUGGCUUUGCAAUUGUGUUCCUUGUGCGAACAAAUCAAGGGGUGCGUUGCGCCCUGAAGAGGAUGUAUGUCAACAAUGAGCAUGAUCUGCAGGUGUGCAAACGCGAGAUUCAAAUAAUGAAAGACCUUGUCGGUCACAAGAAUAUUGUUGGUUAUCUGGACUCCAGUAUCACAGCAAUGGGAUCAAGGGAUGUAUGGGAGGUUCUCAUACUUAUGGACUACUGCAAAGGAGGGCAGGUGGUCAAUCUGAUGAAUCAGAGGCUGCAGACUGGUUUCACUGAGGCUGAGGUGCUGCAGAUCUUCUGUGACACUUGUGAUGCUGUUUCUCGUCUGCACCAGCGCAAGACACCUAUCAUCCACAGAGACCUAAAGGUGGAGAACAUCCUUCUGCACGACAAAGGUCAUUAUGUGCUGUGUGACUUUGGCAGUGCUACUAACAAGUUCCAGAGUCCGCAGACUGAGGGAGUGGCCGCCGUGGAGGAAGAGAUCAAAAAGUACACCACUUUAUCAUAUCGUGCUCCUGAAAUGGUGAACCUCUACAACAACAAGAUUAUCACCACAAAAGCAGAUAUCUGGGCACUGGGUUGUUUGCUGUACAAGUUGUGCUUCUUCACUCUGCCCUUUGGUGAAAGCCAGGUGGCCAUCUGUGAUGGCAGUUUCACCAUUCCAGAUAACUCGCGCUACUCUUACGAUCUUCACUGCCUCAUUCGGUACAUGCUGGAGCCGGACCCAGACAUAAGACCAGAUAUCUACCAGGUGUCCUUCUUUGCUUUCAAACUAGCUCAGCGGACCUGCCCUGUUCAGAAUGUGAAGAAUUCUCAAAUUCCCUCUAAACUUCCUGAGCCGAUCAAAGCGAGUGAGGCCGCCGCCGCAAAGAAGAGCCAAACUAAGCCCAGACUGACAGAUCCAAUUCCCACCACUGAAACCUCCAUCACCCCUCGCCAGAGGCCCAAAGCAGCCCAUACCCAGCCUGCUGCUGGCAUCCUACCCAUCCAGCCUGCUGCUCUCACCCCUCGCAAGCGGGCUAAUCUCCCUGGUGGUGCAGCUCAGCCUGUGGGAGUCAGUUUAGACCUCUCUCAGCCAGCUGCAGCUCUGCAGUCACAGAAGGCGCAGACUUCAGCUCUGCCUCUCAUCCAGUCACAAAACAAUUCCAGUCAGGCUGUGGCUCCGCAGAAGCAGGCCGCGCAGCCAGCCGCCGCUGCAGGAGCAGACACUACAGCAGCAGCAAUAUCACCAGUGACCAAGGCUGAUGUCCAACCGCAAGUACAGCCAGCAGUCCAGCAACAGACCACACCUUCUUCUGUGGGCAGCUCCACCUCCCAGCAGGCAGCGCCGACUCCGUCCAGCCCAGCCCCACCCCAACGCCCGGCUCGACGCAAGCAGGCCAGCCAGGCUCAACAGCCUGCGGCUCAGCCUUCGCCCAGCAAACCAGCCCCUGGUCAGCAGCCUGUAUCUCAGCAGCAGAUAACGCAGCCAGCAGCUGCCCUUGCUCAGCCUGCCUCCACUGAGAUCAGCCAAAAAUCAGCUGAGGCGACUCCACCUGCUUCUCCGAAGACAACCGAAGAACGAGGCCACCAACGCAUCCCGAGUGACGCCACAGCGAGUAGCGUCGCUGCAGUUGACUCACAGCAGCUGCAAGGACCUAAUGGAGAUGCGGCCCUCAACCAAUCACUUACAUCUCAACCGAGCGGCACCCAGCCUGCUCAGCUCGGUGUUGGAGAUGCAGUCCAGGACCAAAGCAAAGCUGGACCCACUGCUCCUGCCUCUGGCACCCCCACACAGCCCGCAUGGAACCCCUUUGAUGAUGACAACUUCACCAACCUCUCUGCUGCAGAAUUCAAAGCAGAAGACAUAAAGCCCAGUGACCUACCUUCAGAAACUGAGACAACAUCAUCUGAAGAGUUGAUACCAGGUCUGCAGGCCUCAACUGUGGAAAAUGAACCCCAUGAAACUGUUGAAAGACCUUCAGCCAUUCUUGACGUGGAUUCUGGAGCCUCACUGCUGGUUGUCCCAGAUCCUUUCUGUACACUCGAACUGUCGGAUGCACCAGAGAAGCUGAUUGAAGGACUGAAAUCUCCAGACACGUCUUCACUCAUGCUUCCUGACCUCUUGUCAUUGUCUGAUCCCUUCGGUGGUUCUGUGGAAGAGUCUGCAAAAGACUCUCUCACUGCCGACGACUCUCUCCUGGGCUGCUCUCUGAUCUCUGGUCCGUCCGUCCCUCCAGCAGCGAGCAGUGCCACCACCUCCGUCUCCUCUGCCCCCACCUCCGCUGCCUCUGUGUUGGAUGAUUUCAGUCUGUUGUCUGGAGAUUCUGCACAGCCUAAAGCAGACUCGUCUCUCCUGAUCUCAGACUUUGAGCCCCAACAAGCGAGUGGAGAGGGAGGCACGGAGGACGAGUUUGAUCCAAUUCCCGUCACAGGCCGAAAGAACUCCCAAGUUUCAGGAGGCCACUCGCGCAGUAACAGUGGCGGCUCUGAAUCCAGCCUGCCCAGCUUGGCCCGCUCCCUGCUGCUGGUGGACCAGCUCAUCGACUUGUAGGCGGCCCUCCCCCCCCUCCCUCGUAGAAGCUGUAACACUGGAUUAUAGACUGGCAUAGCAUAACUGCAAUCAACACUGUUGUCAUAGCUAGCUUCCUGCACCCCCUGGCUGUCAUCAUCAUUGUAGUUCCUACAGUAGAAAUGUCCUUCGCCUUUCAGUGCUUCUUCAUCCCCGCCCUCUCCGCCGUAUCAACUGCAUUAUCUGGCUUCUCUUCACCUCUUAUCUCUCACCCUCUCACUCACAUUUUCUCUUUGUUGUAGUCUCUGCGCAUCAUGUAUUGUCCAUUGGUUCAAGAGUGGCCAGUACACUAACAUCAUCCUGACGAUUAACCAUUACAUCUUUCUGUCAAUCAGGAUAUAAUAUUGCUAUCCAGUUUGUUUGAACAAUAUCGCAUUAUGUCAAAUAGCAAACAAUAGAAGAUCAUCGUUGUAAUGUACAAUAGGCAUAGUUAUAAGUGGUUGUAGUUAUUAUCGUGCACAAGUGAAUUUGUCGUUGUUUGCCUUUUUAAAUUCUCCUCCCCAGAUUUAUUUGCACAUUUUAAAGUAAAACCAUGGAAAAGUUAAAUGACAAACUUGUUCAAAUAAGGUCAGUUUAUUUCUUCUGCAAGCGGAAACUUAUUUGAAACGUAGUCAUGUAGCCUGAUUUGCACAGUAGCAUAAGUGUUACCUCUGUCAGCCUGUUGGGUGGAAUAUCUUUAACAAUUUAAAGCUGCUAAAGAGUAGACUGAAAAAUGAAAUCAAAUCGUGCCACAAUCUGGAAACAAAACAGUCAUAACGACACCUCCUACUACUUCUCUGUCUGCUUCUGCAGCACGAGCACCAUACUGAGUUAUUGUGAUGGAGAGAAAAGCAGGACACAAAAAGUUUCCCUGAUCAGACUAAACAGUGAAGUGCCAUAAAAUAAUCUGUGAAGCAAACUACUGACUGAAACAGUCCUGAAAGUGUACAGGAUCUGCUAAUCUAUAAAUAUAAGUACAAUUAAAAAGAACAUCUUACAAAUUCUGUCAUCAAUCCAAGGUGAACUUGUUGUCCAGACAGAGUGUACUUUUAAAACAAGGACCUGUUCUCAUUUGCUGUUAUUUUAAGCUUCCUUUUGAUUUUAUCCUUGAGGCAAGCAAGAGGUUGCUUUGGAAUUAAAUGGCAAAUCCUGGUCAUUUAACAGUGUUUAUACCAGUGUGCCAUACCGACAUUAAAUGCAUGAAAUCAUGAAAAUAAAUUUAAAUAAUCAACAUUAAUAGGAAAUAUUAGAACUACAGUAGCUGUUAUAUAUAGAGAGAACAUUCAUGACGAUUCAGGUGAUUUUUUGGCACUAACAGAAACAAACUAAUGUGGCAUUUUAAAAAUGAUUUUCACUCAUUCACAUUUUUUCUUUAAUAUCAACACAAACAUUAAUUCCCCAUCAUGCAAUCCUUCCUACAUUCCUGUCACUUGUUUACUCCUUAUUUAUGUAAAUAGAUAUCUGGACCCCGUGCAGGCUCUUAUCCAGACCAUAGAAUUGGUUAUUCUUCCCGUGUAUAUAUGAAGUCAUUGUCAUAAAGCUUUACUUGUGGAAGACAUAUUGCUUUACUUGUGAAAUCUCUCUCAGUAUAUAUAUAUCUAUACAUAUAUAGAUAUAUAUAUAUGUAUACAUGAGAUAUUGUUUUCCUGUUAAUAAAUGUUAAUAUGAAUAGAGUGUUAGAGAAUGAAUGUAAGAAAUAAAUAUUAGUCUAUAAUAAAAAAUAUCUAUAAUUCUUAACACCAUAAUCACUGAAUAAUAUUGAAGAAUACUCUAUAAAUAUUUCAUUCCUCUUUGUGGAAUUGUGUGUUGAGAAAGUUUUUUUUCUUGGUUAUAUCUAUUCAAUAAUUGUCCGUACAUUCAAAUGUAUAGAUAAUAAUCCUAGUCUUUGUCCAACCUGGAAGAUUAGGCUGAAUCCCAUGUCUUAUUCCACCUUUGUGAAAAGAAAGUGAGCCUGUGUUCUGUUUGUUUACAUGGACUGAUGAAGGAUUAUAUUUUUACAGUUUUCUGGAGAGUGGGAGCUUAACCUCUUGAAUCUUAGUCCUGUUUCAUUUCAUUGCUAAACUAGAACUUUUUCUGAAAUUGUGCUUUACCGGUUUUAGUGAUCACAGAAUUCAUAUCAAAAAGCAUGGCAGUGUUGUUGAAUGUUAUGUUCAUGUGUGUUGGUAUACAGUGUUAUGAUAAGUAUGUAUGUGUGUGUGGAGUCAGACUUGUUGGAUGUGUUUUCCAGUAGCCUACUUGUGUUGUUGUUCGCUGCAAACAUGGCGACGGUCGCGUUGUCAUUAAAAUCUCCUCUUGAAGCACAGGCCCCCCUAAAUUCUCUCAGGUAGUCAGAGCUACAUGACUCUCUCUGAGAGUUGGAUACGUAUUGGCUUACUGCUCCCCAGUCUCACUGUCCUCUGGAAGUCUGCGCUCCAUAUUACAGUCAAGAGAACUUGUCUGAUGUAACGUGUGAGGGGCUCUCUGAGGUGCGAAGUCUGCCAGUCUCACAGUGAUGAUACGUCACUGUUGCUGUAGCAGUGGUUUGAUUAUCAGGCAGCAUGAAAGUCAGCUGUUCAGGGUUUGAAAAAUCAGCUCCAAUCAGCAAUAUAAAUGUUUCUGUAGGAUCAAACAAAGUCAUUUUGCUUCCUGUGCAUGGUUACAGUGGGGAGGACGACCUCCGCCUCCUCUUUUCAAUUUUUGUCGUAUUAAAAAAUGAUUUUAAAUAGCAUAUAGUGUGCGGUACGGUAUGUUUUUUUGUGAGAUCUACUGAAAAUACACCUUUCUGGAAGAGGAAUAGUACAUUUAAAUAAUCAGGAGUUAUUUUAUCAUUAUUUAACUCUAGUUAUUUAAAUCAGUCACAUUUUAAUUCAGAUAAAGUCCACAAAUUCUGGUUAGAUAUUAAUAAUAUCAUAUAUAUAUAUAUAUACAUAUAUAUAUACAUAUACAAUAACAAAUGAAUAAAUUAAGUAAUUAAUUGUAGUUACCUUUUGAAGUCAAGGCAGCAGUAUUCAAUAAAUCUCACAUCGCUUAAAAUCUUUGAAUCUUAAAUUUUAAAAUCCAGAAUAGGCUCAAACUAAGUUUCAUGAUAAUGAGUUGAAACAUAUUGAUUUCUGCGUUAUUUCAACGUCAGUCCAUUUGCUCCCAAAACGGAGAGUAUUUUGAGUAGAAAUCACUGAUUAACAAUUUAAAUUAUGUCCUUUUAUUGUCUAAAUCAAUAAACGUCGAGGAGCGGCUGGUUUCAAAGCAACAGGCUCUUUUGGCCGCAUUUACUGUAGGUACUGCAUGUGCAACUGAAGGCUUAUGUUUGUUUUGUUUUUUUAUCAUCCUCUCUAUGAUCCUUCCACUGAACAGCUCAGUCAUUUGAAGUUACUGUUUGAACCUAUGCAACUCCCGAGCUUUCUCCCUGUAGCCGCCUGUGUGCUGUUGUAAUCGGUAAAGCCAAGCAGGUAGUGAGAUUAGUCCUUGAUGUGAAACAGGAGCCCCUCGUUCUCUCUGUUGUUUUGCCAAAAAUGAAAUCUGAUACUAUUGAGUGUUUUGAGACGCCUCCUGUCUGUAUGGCCCCAAACCUGCGUCAGAGCUGUGGUAUCGUGUGCUCCUUCUAUUUUUGUGAGAUAAUUAAAGAAUUAUAAAGGGAUGGCAAAUAAAAU